UGUCUUUGUGUUUUCAUUUUAUUCCCUUUGACCAGUUUCUAUGUUCAGCCUCACAUCACAGAGGCUGCUACUUUUUUCUAGGCUGCAAUAAACAUUACACAGAAUCCGGGUCUUCCACGUGACAGGCGGACAUACUGUCCACUAUACUAACAAGGAGGCUAUAACACCAGGAAGCCUACAUAAAGAUGAAGAAAGGGUUUGGCAAUAUCAAGGAGCUAUACGAGACCAGAGAUCACUUCCUUCAACAGCAGAGAGGACUUUAUUCUCUUUUUAAUUCAUUUUACUUUGAGUUGUCCUCAAUCUGACCAUGCAAGAAAGAUUCAAUGACAGAGGACACCGUGAACAGUAUGUCAGUGGACGUCACCUGAAGCUUGAUCAACUGAAAGUUGUAGUUCGAGGUGGAAACAGGUACCUCUCAAAAGAAAACAUCCCAGACUACCCUCAGCCUGAGUUUCUUGCGUCUCAUCUGAAACACGACACUGACUUGCAAGGAUUAAAGGGCAUCAGGGAGAUGGAAGGCUUCAGGAACCCUAAAUGUGGCUCUCUGCUGUGGUGGAAUCUGGUUGUGGGUCCGGAGGAGAUUGAAACAGCUGAAAGAAGGCUCUUGGAGACCACGUACCCGGAUCAAACCAAGGAGCAGAUCCAGACCCAGCAGAGAUUUCUGGAGCAAUUUGCCACCUCCCAGGUCUUCAAGAGCAGCUCCAUGUUUGGGUCAAACCGCUUCACUUUCCCCGUGAAGGAGCUACUGGAAGCUUACAGAGAGCAGUUCUGCUCUGGAGCCGAGCUCAUCAUGCGAGUGAUGGAGACCAUCCUCUACAAACAGGAAGUGGAGUACGUGGUGCUGGUCCACAGCCCGGCCAAUCAGGAGCAGUACUCACAAUAUCCACUGCUGUCUGAUAACCAAAACCCCAUCUGCUCUUAUGAAGACGGCUGCUUCCUGUGGAGGUCUGAGGCCAUGUGUGAGACUCACAGCUUUGAGUUGGUCCAGAGUGAUGCUGAGAAGAAGAUGCGAGCUGUGGGGGCUGGAAAUUAUCCUCAGUUCUAUGUCUGGGACAACGUUGCCAUUGCCCUGCAUGUGGGUGAUAAGGUGCUGAAAUUUGACGUGAACCGUCUGAGAGAAAACCUGACGUUCUGUGAGAGGGCAACUGUUACAAUCGUUGAGAAUGCACUUUUUCAAGACUUCACAGCAGCAGAAAAAGAAGUGGCAAAGUUAUGGCCCGGCUACCCACCUCUAAUGAAAGAUGGAGAGAUAAAGAAGGAGAGUCCUCAGGAAUACCAGUACACUGCAGAGGGGCUCGAAACUCCUUCUGAAUACUUCUGCAAAAAGGAGGAAGAAGAAUUUAAGAUAGAGUAAUGUCUAGAAUAAUUCUUUUUGGGGUUACGGUGGAAACAUUAGUCAUCACCAGCUUUAUGAAUAUGCUACUAAAAGUUACAUAUCUGCUAAGAGGGAAAGAGGGAUAUAAUUCAGAAGUGUAACUAUAUCUGCUAACAGUUACCAAAGGGAAAUAAUAUACUGUAUGUGUAAACGGUGUAAUCAUCACUAAUAAUCAGAGUGUUUAAUGGGUGUAAACUGUAUAAUGUUACAGUGUUUUGUCUACAUUGAAAAUUCUCUGAACUUUAUCAGUCUUUGAAUAACAUUUGUUGUGAUUUGUUGCGAUACAAAUAAAGAUUGAUUGAUUAACACA